GCCAACGAAAUAUCAGCCAAUUUACACACAGAAGUCACCAAGUCGUAUGCCGCCAGAGCAUUACGAGACUUGUGGCACAACAAGCAGAUUGAAGGACAGACGGCGGGAAAACAAGUAGUGUAUCACGCUUUACAAGAAGCUUCCAACAAGAUCACAUCAGAAACCCUCGUGACCCUGGAUGAGUACAUUGAGAAAGCUCAGGGCAGGCUUUCCAGUCUUCAGAUCCAAAAGAAAAAGGUACGAAUGGAACUGGCAGCCCUUGAUGCGAAACCUUUACUGUCUGAGCUUCGUCGAGAUGUGGAUCAACUGGGUCGAGAUCAAGCAACGGCCCGGACAUUCUGGCUCACGGUGAAGGGGAAUGCUUCAAUGCCCGUGCCCGGGCAUAUGGUAAGAGCAGGUGCCGAAGAGGAUUGGAAGCGCUGGAAUAGGCACGCUAGCAGUCGCGCUCGGAUCUGCCGUGAUCUAUGGCGGAGGUGCUUGGAUGCGUUGCCAGGCGACACAGCUUGGGAAGAGCUCUGGGUAUGGGGGAUCAUGGUCUCAUUUCCAGUCUUGAAUGAUUCUGAUUGGUGGCUACGCAGGAAUCACUAG